GCCGAGAGCCAGUUUAUCGCACACCUCCACCAGCAGCGGGUCUUUUCGCGGCAAUGCCCAGCCUCAGCUCGUCGAUUCCGACUGCAAAUCUCUGCUGACUCGUCCGCGCUGCACUUUUCGCCGCUCGGAAAUGCAAGCUCACUAGAAAUUGGACUCUUUCGUUGACGUUUCGCUUUAUCUCCGGGGAAAUUUAACGAUGUGUUCGCCACCGUCGCUCAUCUUCUCCGCACUGCUCCUCGUCAGUUUCAUCCAAAGUCAUUCCGGGCUGACGUCUCACUCGCUCCGCCACCACGGUUCAGCGACUCACGCGACGCCCGGGGAUGGCAACAGCCGUCCAGAGCUGGUGGUGCGUCUGCACGAAGAGGUGGUGCUGGCGUGUGACUCGAACCGGGUGCUCGCCUGGAAGCACAACGGCAAAAGUGUCCAGCACAGCGCUGCCUACCGCGUCACGGCCAACACGCUGCGCAUAAUGAAGGUCACCAAUCAAGACGAGGGGCCCUGGCAGUGCGAGGAGCUUGAUGCCAAGUCGCGGGUGCUCGUUGCAACUAGGGCCGUCUGGAUCGUCGUCAUGGAGAUACCAAAGGGCGCCUUCCUCAGCUUUGACGGCAAAAGAGCUUCAGGGUGGCUGAACAUGAAAGAGGGCGCCCCGCUGAAGGGCCGUUGCCUGAUGGACGGUGGGAAACCGGCGCCUACUGCUUACGACUGGUGGCUAGAGAGCCCAGACGGCGAGCAGGAGAGUCUGGCCAACUUCUCCACAGGCGCAGAUUUGGCCAUCGACAAGAUUUUGCGUGACAUGCACAACGGGACAAUCAUCUGCAGCGUCAGCCACGUCGCCCUGGACAACCCCAUGAACACUUCCGCCAAAGUCAAUAUUACAUAUAGCCCCUCGUUCGCCAUAAGCCGGAUUCCAGGCUUCGGUUUUCCACUGCGAGAGGGCUUGGCAGUGUCGCUCAAGUGCGAUGUCGAUUCCAACCCGCCUUCGCGGCCGAUCUGGAUGAAAGACGACGGAGACCCUCCCGUGGAGCAAAGCCCAGACGGAUACCUAAACUUUUCCUCGAUCAGCAGGGAGCACAUCGGCUGGUACAAAUGUUCUGCUGAAUACGAUUCGAGCACUUACGCCUCAAGUGGCUUGUUCAUCAACGUGAGAUACGAGGAGGUUUUCACCAAACAACCCCCGCGCCAGGUGGAGGUGGCCCUCGGCGGCGGCGUGACCCUGGACUGCGGGGACAGUGGGGUCAGCACCACGGGGCCUAACUGCUGGGGCCGACUCAGCGGCAACCGGCUGGAGGCUGUGGGGGCAGGGCCUCAGCUGCGUCUGGACAGCGUCCUCUACCAGGAGGCCGGUGCCUACAGAUGCGUCGCCCCUGAAAAGCCAGAUCCGCUCGUGGCCGAACGCAAAGCCAUGCUCACCCCGCCGCAGGACAUCGAACUGGUCGUCACAGGUCAGCCAGUGGUAUACCCGAUUAGAAGAAACCUGACCGCAGUCGGCGGUAGCCAGUUGUCACUGUCGGUCGAGUUCUGCGCCAACCCCGAGGCCACUCACGCCUUCUGGCUCACGCCGACCGUUGCGCUGCGUCCCGGCCAGGAGGGCGGAGGCUACAUCGCACAAAACGUCACGGAAGGAGACUCGGCGCACUGCCGACGGGCCGCUCUGACCAUCCCCGGCGUUUACCUGGAGCACGCUGGCGAGUACCUGUUCGUGGUACGCAGUCCGCGGGGCAUGGCCGACGGCAUGGUGCUGUUGAACGUGACGCGCGGCGCCAGCUACUACAGCACCAAGCGCGCGUGGAGCAACAGCCACUCGAAGACGGUGGUGGUCGUGCCGAAGCCGCCGCCCAGCAUCGAGGAUAACGUGCAGGACGAGCCGCGGCCAGAGGUCACGACCGAGGCCGAACUCGUGGAGGCGGCCGCGGGUGCUGGCUCCGCGGGUGCGGCGACCGGGCAGCUACUGAUGCUGCUGCUGCUCGCGAGUGUCGUGUCCAUGUAGAGCCAAAUCAAAAUCUUUUUGUAUAGCUCCGAGUUUGUUACUGGCCUAAUUGUUAAGAUUGAUGACUCUCUUAAUGUGAUAUUACUUGUAAAGCGGUCCCGGGGAGCGAGUCCUUGAGUCCCACAGGAAGCAGGAGUGCGUGUGUACAAUGGCGGGUUUUUGAAACGAUCGUUAUUUUUGUGGCUGUUGCGCACCGCUCUUGAAAACAGUCUGAUUGGACGCAAGAUAGAAAGGCCGACCCUUACGUUUUAAUUGGUAAAUUGUAGAGCUGGAAAAACGGAACGUUUAAAAAAGCAGGAACUUUUUUAUGUGUUAAAGCAGUGUAACAAAAACAUUAACAGCAUUUCUCAUCGUAAAGUUAAAUAAAACGCAAUGUUAGCUGAUGAAAACUUAAACGAUGCUUUGGAAUAUAAUCGCAGAGCAUUCCGUCGGUGGAAUCAUGUUUUAUCGGAGCUACUUUUGUCCAUGUGUGAGUGUGUAAUAAGCGUGUGGGCGUUUCAGCGCUAUGGCGAGUUUGAAAUGAGUAAAAGUGAAUAAUAACUCUGUGCGGUACCACAGAGCAAAGAACUCUUAUUUCACGUGGUCGCACUUACUUUAUAUACGCGAGGUUCUAUAUCUGCCAAGCUGGUGUUUAACUUUCAUAAAUCCUUUUCUCUCUGUCUCCUCCCUGGCCACCGCCACCGCAGCCGCGAAGCCAAAUAAAAGAUUUGCAUACGCGCGAGAGCAGUGGCCCUUUUAUAUUUUCAUGUGCGUCCAACAAGUGUUAUUUGGAUAUACUUUAAAGUUGGCAUUUUAUAUUUCAUGUAAAAUGUGUGAAACGUUAAAGUUGAGCUGAGACGCUCUUAAUUAUCGUGAUUCCGAGGAAAGAUGAAAUUAAAAUUUUAUCCAAACAAUCUUUAUUCUGCUGUGUCAACCUACAGUGUGUAUUCAGUAUUAUGGCAAUUUACAGAGAUGUUUCCUGUGUUGGCAUGCAUAUAAUAAUUGUUUAAUUUACUGUGCACCCCUCUAAAGAUAUCAAAUAAAAUAAUCAUUGUGUAUACUCUGUUAAAAGCAUU